AUGAAGAGACCCAAUCAAGGACCUCCAGUCAGCUGCUACUUGAUCCUCCUCACAAAUAAUACCAACGAAGUAAGAACUAAUUCUGAGAUUAUUAAUACAUCUGUGAAAAGGCCUGUGGGAGUGGGGUGGGGAAAACACACUCACUCUUUCACAGGCCUGGUGACUUCCACAUAUAUAUGGAGCCUCUCCACUCCUCCAGGAAAGCUCUUGAGAAAAGAACCUUCAAGGCUGGCUCUUCAGGAAUCCCAGUGGGGGCAAAAGGAGCGAAGACCCGCUGUGAAGAGGGAGCCCUUCUCCAGGUUCUUUCGCUCCCGUCCUGAUUUUUGCCGCAGAUACAGUUCCAGGAUGCUGUCUUCUCUCUGCAUGAUGACGUGUCCCCGAACUUGCACCCGCAUCCUGGGGUUGAGCCUGGGAACUGCAGCCCUGUUUGCCGCUGGGGCCAACAUGGCGCUUCUCUUUCCUGAUUGGGAUGUGACCUACCUGUGGAGGGGCCUUAUUGGCAGGCAUGCCAUGCUGGGCACUGGAUUCUGGGGAGGAGGCAUCAUGGUAAGUGCCUGGGGUUCCCUGGUUGUGAACUCCCCAUCCAUCACCCAGGGUGGAACAGGGACGUGGUAUGGGAGGAGUGAGCUGAUUCCUUGCCGAGAAAGUUGGUGUUAA